AUGCAAACUCCGACCGGCGAUGGAGGAGAAGCGCCGGCCGGCGACGUUUAUGGUGGAGAGGACGCCGACAGUCGUCCGGUGGCUGGAGAUGGAGGGGAGGAAGAGGAACAGUCCUUGUUUCGCGAAGAAGAACACCAACUCGCCAUGGAAGAAGAAGACCCGGCCUCCACUGUUCCGGCGACCGAAGGUGACUCCCAUGGCAGCCCAAGGUCUGUGGAGGCGGAAGGAGCGUUGGUGAUGAGAAAUGGUGAAGAAAUGGGCGGGGAACAACCGGAUCUGGAACUGAGGUCUCGCGCCGUCAACAAUGGCGGAAAUCGGUCUUCGUCUCCACGCGACUUCAACUUGGACGAGUUCCUCACUCUCGCGCACAAACUAAUCGACCAUGGCGACUCACAGGCUAUGGAUGCCCUGAAGGAAUUGAAACAACGAUGGGAGGCUCGAUUUGGGAUUGGGAAGUCGCGGUUGCCGGCGGAAAGCUUGAAUGUUGACGACAACCCGUUCGCUUGCGAGUUGAGACAGGCAUGCCGGAGACGUACAACACCGGUGACGAUGAUACUAGGGACUGGAAUGGCAGCGACGUUCCAGCGUCGACCGGCUAUGCGUGGGAGAAUAAUGACAUCUUCUCCGCCGGCGACUUUGCACAGCAACAACGCAAACCAGACCUCACCGGCGGCUUCGAGAAACGCGAACCAGAUCUCGCCGGCGGCUUUGCAUAGCAGAAACGCGAACCAGAUCUCGCCGGCGACCGUUGGAAUUCCGACGAAGGAUGACAUGCACAAUGUUGUUGACAUGGACGCCUCGGUGGACAACGGUGGAGCUGAUGUGGCGGGGUAUGUUAGUGACAUGGAGGCUUGCUUGGAGCAUACUGCUGACAUUAGCCCUAGAGGGGAGACACCUUGCAAAGUUGACGUUGAGUACGAAUGGCUCCCGCCAAAGUGCACAACGUGCAUGUCAUUGGGACAUUCGGAUAAGGAUUGUGCACUAAACAAAACCCGCAAACCGACGAAGCUAACAGUAAAUGUGUAUGUGCCGAAAGUCAAUGUACCACAGCCACAAUCCCCGAAUAAGGGACGUAAGACGAUGAAACCAGUGGUUGAAGAUAUACCCAAAGCAGAUGCGGGUGAUAGACAUGUGGACCAGAACCACUCCAAGCAAGACGAGAGGGGUAAGGCAAUUGUUAUUUAUAAUGCCUUUGACGCUUUGCACUUAAUUGAUGAUGCAGAUGAGCAUUCAGGGGGUCCUAACACAAGCAGCCCCAUGGACAAUGAUCCAUGCAUUCUUGAAACUCGUGUUCGUUUGAAUAAUGUUAUGCAUAUUCAAUCAUUUCUACUUCCACAUUGGAAAUGGUUUGUCGAUUAUUCUUCUGUUGGUAAUCGCAUCUGGCUAGCUUGGGAUGAGAAUGUUGUUGAUGUCCAUAUCUUAGACUUGGCAGAUCAGUUUGUUCACUGUCGGGUUACUAAUAUGGCUGUCAAUGAAUAUGUUAUUAUCACUGUUGUUUAUGGGGCAUCUGAGGUGAUUGAUCGUCGGAAUUUAUGGACUGCACUGGAGACGCUCGCCCAACAGUGCUCUAACAUCCCGUGGAUGGUGGGAGGGGAUUUUAAUGCAGUACGUGACCUUAACGAAGUAUGUGGCAUCUCAGGAGAUAUAAGGAUGGCCACCGAAGAAUUUAAUGCCGGUAUUCUGGAGGCGGGGCUGAUCCCACUUCCUAUGCAAGGUGAAUGGUUCACGUGGCAUAAUUGCAGUACGUCUAUGAGGAGUUUAUGGAAGCGGCUGGAUCGGAUUCUUAUUAAUGACCGCUGGCUGGCAAGGUUCCCGAGCGCAUAUUAUCACAGCCUUACACCACGGACAUUUGAUCACUCACCACUGAAUAUUUGGCAUCAUGAGAUUGUUGGUAUUCCUAUGUAUGCUGUGACUCGUAAACUGAAGGCACUUAAACCAGUCUUUAGACUACAAAGGAGAAAUAAGGGAGAUUUGACGAUGAAUGUCCAACUAGCCAAAGGUUUUCUUGAUGAGGCACAACAGUUGAGACGAGUAAUGAGGAGAAUCUUACAGAUUAAUGAUGAGAAUGGUUUCACACACACGGAUCUAGGGGAAGUCGCCCAUGAGUUUGUCUCAUACUAUCAGAACCUCUUAGGAGGCACCAGAAGACGGCUGUCAGUGGAUAUUCGUUAUCUUAGACCGUGGGCAAGGCACUGUAUCACUGAUGAGGAAGCUAAUCAAUUACUCCUUCCACUCUCGGCGGAUGAUGUGAAGCAAGCAAUGUUCGAUAUUGCUGAUGACAAGGCACCGGGACCUGAUGGUUACUCGUCAAGGUUUUUCAAGGCGGCUUGGCCUGUGGUGGGGGAAGAAGUUACGAGGGCGGUACUAGAUUUCUUUUCUACCGAAAAACUUCUGAAGCAGAUCAACUCCAAGAUCUUGGCUCUGAUCCCAAAGACGACCUCCUCUUACUUUGCAGAGCUGACUUAG